AUGAGUGGUUUUGAUAUGAAUAAUUAUGUGGAUGUGGAGCCUCUAGAGAUCGAGACGGGGUUACCUGAUGAAGUGUGUCCUAUUAUGUAUACUGAUGAGUACAAGCAAGUUAUGUCUGUUGCUAGACGGUUGAUGCAAGAGGGUGAGUACUCUGAGAGGGCUUUGCAGUUGACAUCAAAGGCAAUUGCUUUGGCUCCUGCUUUCUAUACUGUUUGGAACUAUCGUUAUAGCAUUGUUGAGCAUUUGGCCAAGGAAUCCGGGGAUGUAGAAGGGUACAUGAACAAAGAGAUGGAUUGGCUAGAUGAGGUGACUCUAGGGAACCCAAAAAAUUAUCAAAUUUGGUCUUACAGACAAGCUUUGUUGAAAAUCCAUCCUGCUCCAAGUGUGAAGAGGGAACUUCCAAUCUUGCAGAUAAUGAUCGAUGAUGAUACUAAGAAUUAUCAUGUGUGGUCCUACAGGAAGUGGUGUAUUUUGUUCUUCCAGGAUUUCACCAACGAAUUGACAUAUGCAGACUCUUUGAUUCAAAGGGAUGUUUACAACAAUAGUGCUUGGACUCACAGAAUGUUUGUGAUGAAACAUACUAAUCCAUCUAAACAUGAAGUCAGAGAAGAAAUAGAAUACACCAAGAAGAAGAUAGAGAUAGUUCCCCAAAAUGUAAGCAGUUGGGAGUACUUGCGUGGUCUUUAUGAAGUAUUUUUGGAUUGUGAAUACGAUGAGGAAACCAUAAAGUUUGCUGAAAAGUUCACUGAUGACAUAUUGAAACUAGAUAUCACAGUGGAUAAGGAAGUAAGUGCUCUGCCAAAUAUAGAGUCCUCAUACGCCCUAGAAUUCUUAGCUGAUGUGUUCGCUAAGAUCCCAAGUCCUGAAAACACUAAUAAUGCUAAAAAAGCCUACACCGCUUUAUCAUUGAAGUAUGAUCCUAUCAGAUCUGCUUUAUGGAACCAUAAAAUGGGUCAGCUAGCCUAA